AUGACCGGGGCUGGUGUGCCAGUUACUGUCAGGCACAUGGCACCUCGGUGGUGCCGAAAACUGAACUCCACGAAGAGUGGCUUCAAUCCUUCGAAGAGUUGGAAGGCAUGGAGCAGGCAAGAGAUUCCCGUCAGGUCUCUUGUCACUGUACUCUUGCUUUGCUUGACAUACGUAACAUCGGCGAAUGUCCUGAUCCAGUUGCUUAUCCACAUUACUUGGAGUCUUGGUCUGCGCACCAAACUUCAGGAGCGCGUGGAAGAUUUGUGGGAGCUGCUUGAAACAGAGACGCCCCUCAAGGUCGUUGCGCUCGCUGAGAAUCCUGCGGCACAGGCUGCCAAGGCUCGUGCUAUGCUGCCACCUGGUGCGGCCCACGUGGUGGCGGCCGAGCAACAUGUAGAGUUUUUGUCGGCAGAUGUGAGCAAAGGUGAUACCCUUCGAAGACUGUGCACAGAGCAUCUGGGAAUUUCAAUGGAAGAAGUAAUUGCAUUUGGCGACAACUUCAACGACAUAGAAAUGCUCCAGCUGGCUGGCCAGGGCGUGGCAAUGCAGAACGCCCGCGAGGAGCUCAAGGAGGUUGCAAGUAGAGUCAGCGAGUGGACAAACGAUGACGAAGGCGUGGCAAGGGAGCUGGAGCAGCUGUUGGCCUCCUUCGCAGAGUGA